CUGGCUGGCUGGCCGGCCUCCCUCCCUCCCUCCCUCGCCGCUUCCCUCGCUCCAGCCCGGAGGCGAAGAGCCGCUGCCAUCGCGGCCGGCCGCCCGGAGCAGCCCCUGCAGCGCCGCUGCAGCCAUGGCAGCGUCCGAGCUGUACACAAAGUAUGCCAGGAUUUGGAUACCUGAUCCAGAAGUAGUCUGGAAAUCAGCAGAACUUGUAAAAGAUUAUAAAUCAGGAGACAAAGUCCUUCAUCUUCGUGUUGAGGAUGGCAAGGAACUUCAAUAUAGCCUUGAUGCUAAGUCCAAGGAGCUACCACCCCUGCGAAACCCUGACAUACUUGUGGGUGAAAAUGAUCUGACAGCCCUCAGCUAUCUCCAUGAACCUGCUGUUCUUCAUAACCUGAAAGUUCGGUUUAUAGAUUCCAAGCUCAUAUAUACAUAUUGUGGUAUAGUUUUAGUAGCCAUAAAUCCUUAUGAACAACUGCCUAUCUAUGGCGAAGAUAUCAUCAAUGCGUACAGUGGCCAGAACAUGGGGGAUAUGGAUCCCCACAUCUUUGCUGUGGCUGAGGAAGCAUAUAAACAAAUGGCCAGAGAUGAACGGAACCAGUCAAUUAUUGUAAGUGGAGAAUCUGGAGCUGGAAAAACAGUCUCUGCUAAAUAUGCUAUGAGAUAUUUUGCCACUGUAAGCGGGUCUGCAAGUGAAGCUAAUGUCGAAGAGAGAGUAUUGGCUUCCAAUCCUAUAAUGGAGUCUAUUGGGAAUGCCAAAACCACACGGAACGACAACAGUAGCCGCUUCGGAAAGUACAUUGAAAUAGGUUUUGAUAAAAGGUUUCGAAUCCUUGGUGCCAACAUGAGAACUUACCUCUUAGAAAAAUCACGAGUGGUAUUUCAGGCAGAAGAAGAGAGAAAUUAUCAUAUCUUCUACCAGCUCUGUGCUUCUGCAACGUUACCUGAAUUUAAAACUUUGCGGUUAGGAAAUGCAAGCUAUUUUCACUAUACAAAGCAAGGAGGCAGUCCAGUCAUUGAUGGAAUUGAUGAUGCCAAGGAGAUGAUGAACACCAGGCGGGCUUGCACUUUGUUGGGUAUUGUUGAUUCCUGUCAGAUGGGAAUAUUUCAGAUCCUUGCUGCUAUUCUUCACCUGGGCAAUGUGGCAUUCACAUCUCGAGAUGCUGACAGCUGUACAAUACCAGCCAAACACGAACCCCUCGCCAUCUUCUGUGAUCUCAUGGGAGUAGAAUAUGAACAGAUGGCUCACUGGCUCUGCCACAGGAAGCUUGCUACUGCCACAGAGACCUACAUCAAACCAAUUUCCAAACUGCAGGCCAUAAAUGCCAGGGAUGCUCUUGCAAAACAUGUAUAUGCUAGUCUGUUUAACUGGAUUGUCGAUCGUGUGAACGAAGCUCUUCAUUCCACCAUGAAACAACAUUCUUUUAUUGGCGUAUUGGACAUCUAUGGGUUUGAAACCUUUGAGAUAAACAGCUUUGAACAGUUCUGUAUAAACUAUGCCAAUGAGAAACUGCAGCAACAGUUCAAUAUGCAUGUCUUUAAACUGGAGCAAGAAGAAUAUAUGAGGGAACAAAUUCCGUGGACCUUGAUUGAUUUCUAUGAUAAUCAGCCCUGCAUUAACCUCAUAGAGGCCAAACUGGGUAUUUUGGAUUUGCUAGAUGAAGAGUGUAAGAUGCCUAAAGGUUCAGAUAAUAGUUGGGCCCAGAAAUUAUACAAUACUCACUUGAACAAGUCUGUUCUCUUUGAAAAACCCCGUAUGUCAAACAAAGCAUUUAUCGUCCAACACUUUGCAGAUAAGGUGGAGUACCAGUGUGAAGGGUUUUUGGAAAAAAACAAAGAUACUGUCUAUGAAGAGCAGAUCAAAGUUCUAAAAUCAAGUAAGAAGUUUAAGAUGCUGCCUGAGCUCUUUCGGGAUGAGAAGCCCAUCAGCCCCACAACAGCAACACCUUCAGGCCGUACGCCGUUGUCUCGUGCGGCUGUAAAACCAUCAAAGUCUAAAACGGUCCAAACAAGCAAGGAACAUAAGAAAACAGUGGGCCAUCAGUUCAGAAAUUCUCUGCAUCUUCUGAUGGAGACCCUUAAUGCCACAACUCCUCACUACGUGCGGUGUAUUAAGCCAAAUGAUUUCAAGUUCCCAUUUAUGUUUGAUGAAAAGCGGACCGUGCAACAGCUCAGAGCUUGUGGUGUGCUGGAAACAAUUCGAAUCAGUGCAGCUGGCUUCCCUUCCAGGUGGACCUAUCAAGAAUUUUUCAGUCGCUAUCGUGUGCUGAUGAAGCAGAAAGAUGUCCUCAGUGACAGGAAGCAGACAUGUAAAAAUGUCCUGGAGAAACUUAUUCUGGAUAAGGAUAAGUACCAGUUUGGGAAGACAAAAAUAUUUUUCCGGGCUGGUCAGGUAGCUUACUUGGAAAAAAUAAGGGCCGAUAAACUGAGAGCUGCAUGCAUCCGCAUCCAAAAGACCAUCAGAGGAUGGUUGUUGCGAAAGAAGUACCUGCGCAUGAGGAAGGCAGCCAUCACCAUUCAGAGAUAUGUCCGAGGGUACCAGGCAAGAUGCCUUGCCACUUUCCUUAGACGAACCAAAGCUGCCAUCAUUAUUCAGAAAUUCCAGCGCAUGUAUGUUGUCCGCAAGCGAUACCGUCGCACGCUAGCCGGCACUCUGGUUCUCCAGUCAUAUUUGCGAGGUUAUAUUGCUAGGAAGAAGUAUCAGCAGAUGCUUCGUGGGCACAAGGCCACCAUUAUACAGAAACAUGUGCGUGGUUGGCUGGCUCGCCUGCGGUACCACAGAUCUUUGGAGGCAAUUGUCUAUCUCCAGUGCUGCUUCCGGCGCAUGAUGGCUAAGAGAGAGCUGAAGAAGCUGAAGAUAGAGGCGCGCUCUGUGGAACACUACAAGAAACUCAACGUUGGCAUGGAGAACAAGAUCAUGCAGCUGCAACGUAGAAUCGAUGAGCAGUCCAAAGACUCCAAAUCCCUAAUUGAGAAACUAAGUACUCUGGAAGCAGCAUAUACGUCUGAGACAGAGAAGCUAAAGAAUGAUGUAGAACGACUUAAAAUGAGCGAAGAAGAGGCCAAGAAUGCCACCAACCGUGUCCUUAGCCUUCAAGAGGAGAUUAGCAAGCUCAGAAAGGAACUGCACCAAACACAGACUGAGAAGAAGACGAUUGAGGAACAAGCAGAAAUAUACAAACAAGAAACAGACCAGUUGGUACUGGAAUUAAAAGAGCAAAACACACUGCUUAAAACAGAAAAGGAUGAGCUGAACCGUCGGAUCCAGGACCAGGCCAAAGAGAUAACAGAGGUCAUGGAGAAAAGGUUCACUGAGGAGACAAAGCAGCUAGACUUGGAUUUGAACAAUGAAAGGCAGAGAUAUCAGAAUCUGCUUCAGGAGUUCAGCCGAUUAGAGGAGCGAUAUGAUGACCUCAAGGAUGAGAUGAAGGUUAUGGUGAGCAUCUCCAAGCCUGGACACAAAAGAACAGAUUCCACGCAUAGUAGCAAUGAAUCAGAAUACACCUAUAGCUCUGAGAUCACUGAGGCAGAAGAAUUUCCAAUGAGAACAGAGGAGCCAAGCGAGAAGAAAGCACCUCUGGACAUGUCUCUAUUCCUUAAAUUACAAAAACGGGUUACAGAGCUGGAGCAGGAAAAGCAAUCCUUGCAGGAUGAGCUGGACAAGAAAGAGGAACAAGCUCUCCGAACUAAGGUCAAGGAGGAAGAAAGGCCUCAGAUGAGAGGUGCGGAGUUAGAGUACGAAUCGCUUAAGCGCCAAGAGCUUGAAUCCGAGAAUAAGAAACUCAAGAAUGAGUUGAACGAGUUGAGGAAGGCCCUGAUGGAAAAGAGCGCUCCUAACGUCACUGCCCCCGGUUCCCCAGCGUAUAGGGUCCUCUUGGAUCAGAUGACCUCUGUCAGUGAGGAGCUGGAAGUACGUAAGGAGGAAGUCCUCAUUCUGAGGUCUCAACUCAUGAGUCAGAAGGAGGCAAUUCAGCCUAAGGAUGACAAGAACACCAUGACAGACUCCACAAUCCUUUUAGAGGAUGUACAGAAGAUGAAGGACAAAGGAGAGAUAGCCCAGGCGUACAUUGGUCUGAAGGAGACAAACAGAUCAUCUCUUCAGGACUAUCAUAUGCUGAAUGAGGACGGAGAGCUGUGGCUGGUAUAUGAAGGGCUAAAACAAGCCAACAGGCUACUGGAAUCUCAACUGCAGUCUCAGAAGAGGAGCCAUGACAAUGAACUGGAAGCCCUCCGUGGAGAGAUUCAGAGUUUGAAGGAGGAGAACAAUCGCCAGCAGCAGUUGUUAGCGCAGAACCUGCAGCUGCCCCCAGAAGCCCGUAUAGAAGCUAGCCUACAACAUGAGAUCACCCGCUUGACUAAUGAAAACCUAGAUUUAAUGGAGCAGCUUGAAAAACAGGACAAGAUUGUUCGCAAACUGAAAAAGCAGCUUAAAGUCUAUGCAAAAAAGAUUGAUGAACUCGAAGUGGGCCAGAUGGAUAACAUUUCACCUGGACAAAUAAUUGAUGAGCCAAUCCAUCCUGUCAAUAUUCCAAGGAAAGAAAAGGACUUCCAGGGAAUGUUAGAGUAUAAAAAGGAAGAUGAGCCAAAGCUUGUCAAGAACCUGAUUUUAGAUCUGAAGCCACGAGGUGUGGCAGUCAACCUGAUCCCAGGAUUGCCAGCAUACAUUUUGUUCAUGUGUGUCCGCCAUGCUGACUAUCUUAAUGAUGACCAAAAAGUGAGGUCCUUGCUAACUUCGACUAUUAAUGGCAUCAAAAAAAUCUUGAAGAAAAGAGGUGAUGACUUUGAAACAGUUUCCUUCUGGCUGUCUAACACAUGCCGAUUUUUGCACUGCUUGAAGCAGUACAGUGGUGAAGAGGGUUUUAUGAAGCACAACACACCUCGUCAGAAUGAACAUUGCCUCACUAACUUUGACCUUGCUGAAUACAGACAAGUGCUGAGUGACUUGGCCAUUCAGAUCUACCAGCAGCUUGUCAGAGUGUUGGAGAAUAUUCUGCAGCCAAUGAUUGUUUCAGGAAUGUUGGAGCAUGAAACUAUCCAAGGGGUGUCGGGGGUGAAACCAACUGGUCUCCGAAAGAGAACCUCCAGCAUUGCUGAUGAAGGGACGUACACGCUGGACUCUAUCAUCCGACAGCUGAAUACCUUCCACUCAAUCAUGUGUCAGCACGGAAUGGAUCCAGAGCUGAUCAAACAGGUAGUCAAGCAGAUGUUCUACAUCAUUGGAGCAGUGACCCUCAAUAACCUCCUCCUGCGGAAAGAUAUGUGCUCCUGGAGCAAAGGGAUGCAGAUAAGGUACAAUGUAAGUCAGCUUGAAGAAUGGCUUCGUGACAAAAAUCUGAUGAAUAGUGGGGCUAAAGAAACUCUGGAGCCUCUCAUCCAAGCAGCGCAGUUGUUGCAGGUGAAAAAGAAAACGGAUGAGGAUGCCGAGGCCAUUUGUUCCAUGUGCAAUGCCUUAACUACUGCACAGAUUGUGAAAGUUUUGAACUUGUAUACUCCUGUUAAUGAGUUUGAAGAAAGAGUGUCUGUGUCCUUUAUCCGGACGAUACAGCUCCGUAUGCGAGACAAGAAGGACUCUCCUCAGCUGCUAAUGGAUGCUAAGCAUAUUUUCCCUGUUACUUUCCCAUUUAACCCAUCAUCUCUUGCAUUAGAAACCAUCCAGAUCCCAGCAAGUUUGGGCCUAGGAUUCAUCUGUCGUGUCUGAAGCAAGUGUACAGUUCGCUUUUGAUCAUGAGUGUGCUUACCUGUAAUCUUAAAACAGCGAAGACACUGAAAAGCCAUGGCUGGGGUGGGGAAUGGAAGAAAGCUGGGGGAAAUAUUGUAGAUGCCCUGAAAAGCAUUGCAGAAAGCUGGAAUGCUGCGUAACUGUCUCAAGCUGAUGGCUAACGGAGACAUAAACAUUUGCAUAAAUUCACUGCUCUCAUGCUGAGGUCUAUAAAAAGUUUUCAGAAUUAGAAAUUUUUCAGUACGGAUCAUUCCCUUAACCCCCCCCCCCCCCCGUUAGUCACAAGCUGUCUUUUAUAUUUGAGUUUGGCACUAGAGACAUUCUGAGGAACAAAGCUUUUCUAUUCCCUUUCCUCCGAGAUCAAAAGUUCAGUUGCUGGUGAGCAAGGCAAAACUUUUAUUGUACUUGUGACCACCUGAAGAGCAGUUCCCCCUAAUUUAGCAAGGCUGAGGAACAGAAUGUGCACCACUUCUGUUUGAAGCGGCCACCAAUUGCAGCUCCCUGCUACACACACACACCUGGUGUAAAAAGAUGCAUAUAGCCACUUCCUAUGUGGUGGUGUCGGUGUGUACCCUCAAUCUGUCUCCUUCUGAUUCUCAUUGAGUUAGAGAAGGUCCCUUCCCAUCAGGACGCUCUGGGAGCUGUGGUUGUGGCUCCGGUGCAACCAUGGCAGGGUUGGUCUCCCUUCCUCAGCCUUUGGUGUGGUGGGAGAGUACCAGCAGCCAGGGGCUAGAGGGGCUCAGUUUUUAGCAAGCUGGGGGCGUGGCUGGGGAGCGGACCUGAGAGAGAACUUCUCCCUGGUCCACUCCCUAGCUGUGAAAGCUGAUAGAGAAGAUAUAGCUGAGAGGCCAUUUUAACUCCUUAUUAACUUACUUAAAUGUAAUUAAGUCAUAGAUUUGCUCGUAGGCAGGGACCAGAGAGGACAGAAGAGUCCAUUUUAAAGGUGUGAUUUUUAGUGAAGUAUAUAAGCAUUUAGGGAUUAUCUGCUAUAUGUUAAAACAUGUUAGAGACUGGAAAGGGCAGUAGAAAACAGAAUAUACCAGGCAUUGGGUCUGUGCAAACCCCUUGUAGUGAACAGAAGUUGUGGUCUCUUCAAUGGGGCAUGCACAGUAGACAUUCGUAGUAGAUUGCACUCCAGGAGAUAAUCUGUCAAAAUUAUUCCUUAUUUAUGUCAGUGUGACAUAAAUGAUGGGAAGUAUCCAAAAAGUCUUCUGGCUUACGGUAUGGUACAACAUAGCUGUUCAUUAGUUAGUACUGUUUCAAAACAUAUCCAAGUGCUGCUGUGUGCUGUGUUCUUAUAAAUGUACAGUAAUAAUCUUUAGGCAAGAGAAAUAAGGAUUAAAAAAAACCAACAACUUUAAUAGUCCAGUCUUUUAACAAGAUUUAUGUAAGAAGUAAGGAAUAUCGCUGGUAAUAGGAAAUUGUAACUAAGCACAAACAACAAACUGGAAGAGGCAUAGUAAUUGUAUUUAAAAUGUUUACUUAAAAGUAUUGAAGACCCUGAGUUCAAUGAACAAAACCCAAACAUAUUAUAUUUUUAGUAUUUAUUUAUCAUUCUGGUGUAUGUUAGCUUCACACCUUGGGGUUUUUUUUUUUAGUUGCCAGCUUAAUGACAGUAUGUAUGCUUUAAUAUUAUCCGUUUUGGAGUUGUUGUUUAAGAUAUUUUAGAUAUUUAAGAUGACUCUCAAAUGCUUAGGUGAGAGAGGAAUUACUUUACUCCAAAUCUCCUGAAUACCUUAGGUCCUUCACAUUCAUUUUUCAAAAUGUAAAACAAACUCUGAUUUGGGUGCACUUUGAAAAAUAAUACGAGUAACAGUAAUACUCUGCUUCUGUAUCUAUGGGAAUAUUUCACUGGACACAUUAAGAAGGAUACUGCUUGAUAAAAUUUUUGCAGGAAUCUGUCAUGUUCUGAACACUUGCAUCAAUGUGGAACUGACAGUUCAAAAUGUCUGUUUAUUCUUGCUCAGUGUUUUCUGAUGUCGAUUUUUUUUUUAAUACGGUCAGUGCUGAUCAGAUAUACAUAGGAAGAAAUGACAUAUUUUGAGAUUGCCGUGUGCAAUAUUGUAUUAUAGCAAUUGUAAUGUAUAUUUAUUUUAAAACAUAUCUUUAUGCUGUAAAGGCAUAUUGUUUAAAUUUCUCUGUACAUCCUUAGAGCGACAUUGCUCUCACUUGAGAAGACCAGCGAUGUGCACCUGUCAUCUGGUCACUGAUAAAGUAAAUAAAGUGAGCUGCUGUUUAUUCUUCAGUACUGUUCUUAAAAACUGAUUUGGGUUAUCUCUCUUUUUGGAUUUUUGUUGAUGGCAGAGUAUGAUGGUUGUUUUAAGAAACAUUCAGCUACUUCAGCUCAAGCAUUGUCUAAUAUGUAUUUUCUUUAUGGCAAACGAACAGUUAUUUACUUGAAUAUGUUUACUUUGCAUCUGGCAUAAAGUUUACAAAAAAUGAUUCCUAACAAGCCGUGCUUCUUCUAAAACGACCAUAAAAUGCUGUCAAAAACAGAUAUCCUCUGUGUCUGCGGCCAGGAAGGGUGCCUUGUCACCAAGGAGCCCUGAGCAAAAAUGGGAAGACACACAAUUUGCUACCCUAGAGGGGUAGCCUAGAGUCUGAGAUGAUCACAGUGUUUUUUUUUAAAUUAUGAUAGAGUACACUAUCUUCUCACAUUUUCACUGGAUUCUUAGUAUAUCAUGUGAUAAUUGUAAUGACACUGAUGUAAAGCGACAGCAGCACUUUUUAAAAAUCAGAACCUCAACAAAAACAGAAUUUCCACCAUCUUCCUCCUGUGAAUUAACUGAAAUUCUGCCCUUUAAAAUUCUUCUAGUAAGAUAAAAUUAUCUCAGCUUAACUACUUCAGCAACUAUGCUUAAAUGUAUGAAUCCUCCCUUUUGUUUACCUGUAAAAAAAGCCUUACUGUACCUUGUUUAUUUACAAGAGUGAUAGAUGUUUAUAGGCAUUAUCCUUAUAUUCAGUAGUCUUAUACUAUUUUUGGUCACAUUAAAAUAGUAUGCUGCUUCACAUGUUUUAAAGGAAGAUAUUUCUAAGUUUAAUUGGUAUUUUCUAAUUCAUCUAAUACUUUACAUAGCAGUAUUUUACAUGCACUUUUCUUAGGUUAACAUUUUUAGUACUGAUACACAAAUAUAAAAUGUUCAGUUUAGUUCUUCUGGUUUAGAGUUCUUACGCCUAACACAAUUCCGGUUAUGCUUAUUUCCCCUCCCUUUAUAGCAUGGUUAUUGCUUUUUAAUGUGGAAAUGUCUUUAUUUCUAAUUUUGUCAAUUUGAUAAGGAAUAGUCUCUCCAAUGCUGGGGGGGCGGGGUGAACUUACGAGAACCCUUUUGAAAUGUACAGACCUGAAGUAUUGCACAAAUAUUACCUCAUUAGGUUUCAGAUAUUUUCUUCUUCCAGUGAUGAGUCCACUGAUUCUGCAACAUAACCUUGUGUCCAGAUUUUAGCAAAACACUUUGCAAGCUUCAAUUAGGGAUGAACUUAAAAAAUAUUUAAAGAUUCGGUUUUGUUAAAUGUUAACUGAUCAAGUAUGCAAUCUUGUGGGUAAUUUUAGAGCCCCAGUUCAGUGGAACAUAUUUGCAUGUGGUGUGCAGAGAAUCACACCCCUAACCUUCAUAAAUAAAGAAUAAUAUGCUAUAGAAAUACUUGCCUCAGUCUAAAGAUCCUGCUCCUGUUGCAUGCAUGGGAUAGCUGCUCUGCUUGUACUUUUCCCCUUUUCCAUGGAAUCCCAUGUGCCCAUUAAAUAAAGAAUCCUAUGAUUGGUGGAUUGGAUCUGUUUUCAUGUGCACAUGGAAGCAGUCACAAUAGCAGUGCACUGUGGAUACCCAGCUUGUCCUCCAAAAAGAAGACACUCUGAAUCUAUGGGACAGUUUCUGGCAAUGCUUUUUUGCUUUUGCAUACAGCAGAUUUUUUUUAAAAUAACAGAUCAUCUCUGGUUCCGGGUCAGUACAUGGACAGAAGUCCCUUUUAUUCCAGUAAAGCUUUUAUCCAAAUUUGCUUGGGAUAGUGGCAUUUUGCCUUUUGGUUCCAUAUCUCGAAACCACCAGCAUUUAGAAGCUGAAGGUCUCUUUUCAAUUAAGAUUUCAAAACCAGACACAUUUCAAAAUAUCACAUAAAAAUCCUUUGGAAAUUACUAUUUUUAAAAUUGUAAUUCUUUUUGAAACAAAGGUUUUGACAGACAAUAGGUUUUCACUAGAUACUGCUACUGUGCUUAGAUGGAAACCAAAAACGGUAUCAGAAUGAAAUAAGCUCUGAACUGUCAUAGUGUCUGACGUAUUUAGUAAACGUAUGCUUCAUAAAUGCUGUACCUUAGCUAUCACUGAAAUGUCCAAAUAAAAAUACAACUGUUAAGUCUU